GUUGGCAGCUGAGUGAAGAGAUUUUGUUGCCUGUGCACCUGUUCUCAUCUGAUAUAGCCUAAGAAUAAGAGUGAAACCGAAGGGAAAAUGAAACUGAAUCUAAGGAUCGCAGCGGGCCUCCUUCUGCUCGUCCAAACCUUCCACACGGCAUCGCUCCAAAAUUCAACCGACUCUCCGGGACGGACAAUUCUGAGAGAAUGGCUCCGUGAUCUACCCAAAAAUAAAGCUGAAAGUCACGACACGGCGGUCCCUGGAGUGGACACGGAGUAUGAUCAGGGCGCUGAUGUAACUGCUGCGGAGGCGGGUAAUGAUUACAGCAGUGGGAUAACAUCUGGCUCCAUGGCAGAAUUUAAAGAAGAAGGAGACAAUGUGCCCAGCCAGGAUGAUGAUGCUAAUGAUGGAGCUGAUGAUCUGACUGCUGUCAACACCACCGUGCCUCCCACGAACCCAAAUGUUACAACCCAGGACCCCGAACUCCCAGACGCCACUGUUUCUCCAUCCAAUGCAACUACAGAUCUUACAAACUCGAGCUCGAUCAACGCGACAGAAGCCGAGGAGGAGUUUAAUACCACCACCAUCGCCACCACCACCACCAAGACUCUUCGACACUCCACCGGCUCUCCACAUCACUCCCACCACACACAUAUUCGGAAGACGACCUCAGCUCCGGGGGGCAACGCUACGCGGGGAUCCACGACGAGAGACGAAGAGACAUGGACGGCCAAUGCAACGGAUUCAACAAACACGACGGCUGUGACAACCACAGUGGCGCCAGAGAUGAACGGCACGUCAGCCUCGUCCUCGACUACGACAGCCUUGUCAUCGUCGACCCCGGCGACGCCAGAGAUGCACAGCACGUCAACCGCGUCUUCGCCCACGACAGUCUUCUCAUCGGAGACCACAGAUACGAGCACCACGACUCAGACCGUUGCCGAGAGGGCCAACAGGACAGACGAUGGUUCGGCCUCAGGGGGAAAUCCAGAGAGAGGCCUGGAAUCGGAUCCCCACAGGAGUAAAAGGAACGGAGCGUGGGGGGCGGUGCUGGGGACGGCGGUGGCGGUGGCCUUCGUGGGACUGGUGGCCUACGUCAUCCUGAAGCGGAAACACCAGAAGGGAUUCACUCACAGGAAACUGGUCGAGGAGUACCCUUCAGAUCCAGUUCUCAGGUUGGACAACGGUGAACCUUUGGACUUGAACCUGGGUGGGUCGGCCUAUUACAACCCAACUCUCCAGGGGGACAGCAUCCAGAUGAGCAACCUUCCCGGACGCCGCUAAAAACCGGAAAGACUCUCCAGACCGAAGUCGUGUGCUCCCAUGAGAGAACGUCUGCCAGCCGUGCUCAUUGGCAUUUGAUAGGAGUGUGGAGUUUUGUACAUAAAUUACAAUGGAUAUUACAACUGAGUUUGUAAAGGUCUGUUGUCAGAUGCUUAAGUUAGAUUAUGAAUUGUUUUGAGUAGAUUUAAUGCAUUGAAACAGAGGGAUCGCUGAAGGCAAUCUAUGUGAACUACACUGAAACAGCCAAAAUUAACUGUCAGCCAUUUAUGUAUGUUGCCAAAGAGGAUCCAAUGAAGUCUUUUCCCCAAUGAAGAAUAUGCUUUGCAGGCAAUGACGGACGUAAAAAAAAAAAAAGAGAAAAAGAUUUUGCUAUAAGCUUUGUUUUAAUUCUGAUUAUUUUUGCGUGGAUAGGCGCCGCAAAAUGGUGUUAAAGACAAUCAAAGACAAUUUGCAUAUGAUCAUAUCAGCUAAAGGGAAGAAACGCAGCUCCUGCUGAUGCAGAACAUUUGUUGCUCUGCAGCCUAAAUAACAAACGACACAGCUGGCCCGCUGGGGCCUUUGAAACAAAAUCCAGAAGCCAUGGCGAACAAUAACAUUAUCCAUAUCAGCUAUCACCUGCUGUUACAGCAUGUGGAAGGCAAUACGAAGUUAAAUUCGAACUGUGCCUUCUGAUAUUCCACAACUGGCAGUCGCAGCCGCAGCCAGAGAAUUGAACCGUCAAACCAAAGACUUUGCGUUUGUUUUUCUACACCAGCGAGGGAGGCACAGGGUGGCUGGGUGCUGUUUUGUUAUUCAUAGACUGAGGUUUUGGUAUUCAGGAAGGGAGUUGUGUAUUUGGUCCUAGCACUACUCAGUAGCAACAACUAUAUCAUCAUAAUGUACUGCUUAAAUCUUCUGACCUCCAGGUGUCCAAACAGAGGUUCCAGCUCCACGCGGCGACUCGCCGCGUGCACCUCGGAGAGUUACAUAGCGUUUACCCGCUGCAUGCUGAGAGCGAAAUUAGAGUAUGUACCUGAUGCAGCAUAUUUGAAAACUUUUAUUAUUAUUUUUUUUGGUUUGUUAUUCUUCUGCUUUGAGUUUGCUUUAACUUUGAGUGACAACCUUCAGCAAGAAAAAGUGUCUCCUUUUUUUUUUUUUUUUCUUUUCGACUGAGAAUGUAUUUGCGGGCAGGGAGGGAAUAGGUAUAGGGAUUAACUCCACUCCCUUGUCUUUGAUGCCUUUGUAUGAAAGAAAAUCUAACAAGAAUUCAUAAUUGAGCUUUCUUAUUUUUGUAUAAUACAUAUAUGUAUACAUAUAAACACUUCUAUAUCUGUAAACGUGAAGAAAAUCCAUCCAGAAAAUCCAUCUCCCUGCUCCCUCGGUCCUUUCACUCAUCAUUACUCGAGUGGAGCGCACGCUAGAUCAAUAUGCGUCCUUAUUAUGAUUGAUAUGUGCCUCGGCCCGGCCCCGUACGGCCAACAAUAACCCGGAGACGUGUGAUUUCUUUCGGUACGUGACAGGCAGGGCGGGUCUGCCUUCCUUCCUCGCUCUAAUUUCAGGCAUCAGUCAGCGCGGGAGGGAUUCUGUCUGGCUGAGAGAGAAAGAGGAGUUUUGUGUUGCAGUGUUAAAGAACCGCUGCUGCAGAUGGAUAAUGAGAGACUUCCGCAUUGGUUACCACUGCUUGAGAAAUGUAAUGGAACUUGACGAUGCCUCAAUAAACAACCCGAUCUCCCCCAGUCCCCCCC